AUGCCCUCGCUCCCCUGGAUCUUGGUCUGUCCCUCGAGCCGCGGAAUCGGCCACGUUCUCACCCGCCAUCUCCUGCUUGCCACGAGCCUGCCCAUCCUCGCGACGACUCGCCAUGGCGACCCAUUGGCCACCAAGGCCGCGCUCCUCGACGGCCUGCCAUGCUCCCCCUCCGACGCCGGCUCCUCGUCCCCGCCCUUGUCCCGACGGCUCACCCUCGUGCGCUGCGACGUGACCGACGAAUCCUCCAUCGCCGACGCCGCCGCCGCCGCCGCCGAGCUCUUCCCGCCCGCCACCCACCACCUGCACCUCGCCUGCGUCCUCCCAGGCAUUCUGCAUGCCGAAAAGUCGCCGUUGCGCGUCGACGCCGAGCGUGCCCUCGAGUCCUUUCGCGUCAACGCCCUAGGCCCCCUGCUGCUCGCCAAGCACUUUGUCGGCUUCCUGCCCCGCCGUGCCACCAACCUCGGCCGCGAGGAGGAGGAGGCCCUCGAUGGGCCCGCGACGGGUGCCGAGCUGGUGGCUCGCCUGCCCAGGCACGCGACGUGGCUCAGCGUGGCCGCCCGCGUCGGCUCGACGUCGGACAACCGCAGCGGCGGCUGGUACUCGUACCGAGCGAGCAAGGCCGCCGUCAUCAGCCUCGCCAAGAGCCUCGAUCACUUUCUUGCCGCCCGCAGCGGCGACAAGGCCCUCGCCGUCGCCUACCACCCGGGCACCGUCAGGACCGACCUGAGCCGCCCGUUUUGGUCGAGCACGGCCGAGGGCAAGCUGUUUGAACCGGUCGAUGCCGUCGACAGGCUGGUCCGUGUCCUCGGCGCCUUGGAGCCACGGCAACGAGGCCGGUGCUGGGAUUGGAAAGGCGAAGAAAUCUUGCCGUAA